AAGUAGAGAGCGCGUCACUGUGUUUGUUUUUGUAGGUGUUAUUUUAAUCCUGGACACACACUCAGGUUUUAUUUUUGUUGCACUAACUAGAUUCAAAAGGAUUGCCAGUAUAUCCCAGUGUAAAUACGUUUUUAAAAUGUGUUUUUUUUUUUUUUUUUUUUUCGGCAACAAAGAAUCUUGACAGCUAAAGCCUGCAAACGAAAGGUCUCUGGCAUCCUUAGCAGCCAGUCCGCACAAAAUAAAGGAUAACAAUCGUUUGCCAAGCGCGAUUGAAAUGGCCUUCCCCCGCAGGAUGCUAUAAAGUGGCCCUGCAGGUCGAUCGGUGCUACCCGGGGUCUGACCCAGCCUUCAGUUAACUUGAGGGAACAUUACAACACGCCAGAAAUGUGUUCUUGUAAAUACUGUUAUUUGUAUAUACUGUAAAUGAUGACAUCUGUGGGCAGUAGCAGAGCCCGGGGGACCUGGGAGCAGACACAGAGCCAGAGCCAGACGCAGCCACUGCAUAAGCAGCGGCCACAGGCCACAGCAGAGCAGAUUCGACUGGCACAGAUGAUUUCAGACCACAAUGAUGCCGACUUUGAGGAGAAAGUAAAUCAGCUCAUUGAUAUCACAGGAAAGAACCAGGAUGCGUGCAUGAUCGCUGUGCACGACUGCAAUGGUGACGUGAACCGAGCCAUCAACGUGCUGCUGGAAGGGAACCCCGACACGGAUUCGUGGGAGAUGGUCGGGAAGAAGAAAGGGGUGUCAGGGCAGAAGGACAGUGGCGGGCAGUCGGAGUCGAACGAGGAGGGCAAAGAGAGCCGCGACAGAGAGCGAGACGCGAACCGCAGGCGAGGGGGCGUGGCCAGGAGGAGCCGCGGGACCAGCCGCGGGAGAGAGUACCGCGGGCAGGAGAACGGGCUCGAUGGAGGACGGAGCGGGGGAACCACAGGACGGGGUGCAGAGAGGGGGAGAAGGGGGCGAGGACGGGGCAGAGGAGCUGGCUCUGGCAGAAGGGUGGGCAGGUUUUCUGUUCAAGGCAUGGGGACCUUCAACCCGGCCGACUACGCCGAUCCCAGCAGUGCCGAUGAUCGCUACGGGAACGCCGGCGGGAGCACGUGGAACAGCACUGGGAGCUUCGAGCCGGACGACGGAGCGAGACUUGAAUUCAGUGGUGGCGAGGGGAUGAAUUAUCCCCGGAAAUUUGAGACUGCUCCCGGUGCGUGGAGGACCGCUGCAGAGGAGUGGGGCACAGAGGACUGGAACGAAGAUCUUUCAGAGACCAAGAUAUUUACAGCUUCCAACGUUGCCUCGAUGCCCCUGCCUCAGGAGAAUGUGACCAUCACAGCAGGGCAGAGGAUUGAUUUGGCGGUGUUGCUGGGAAAGACCCCGUCCUCUUCCUUGGAGAACGAGCCUGGUCCUUUGGAGGUGUCCCAGCCUCCCUCCCUGUCCCAGUCUCUGGUCUUCAGCAGUUCCAAACAGAGCCCCCGGCCCCAGGCCCCUUCCUCCGGAACCAGCUUCCCCCAGCACAACAUGGUCAGCAUGCUGGGGAAAGGCUUCGGAGACGUGGGCGAGCCGAAGGGAGGAAGCGGGGGGGGCCCUGGCACCACCAGUGGCUCCCAGUUCUUGGAGCAGUUCAAGACGGCCCAGGCGCUGGCCCAGCUAGCCUCCCAGCACUCACAGCCUGGAGCAGGGCACCCCCCGGCCCCCUCGUCCUGGGAACUGGGAGCAACGCAGCCGUCCUCACUGGGGCAGUACGAUUUGAAGACGCAGUCCGAGUCGUCUCCUCACAGCCCCUUUGCUAAGCGGCAGUCGUAUCAGCCCUCCUCCAGCAUAAUGGAGGCCUUCAUGCAGCAGGAUAAAGCCGUCUCCUUGCCCUCCGCAACGGCUCCCCCUUCCUCCCCGCUGUCCAGCAAACCGUCCUCUUCCUCGGCGCAGCAACAGAUAUCUCCUGGCUCGUCAGACCACCAGUCCUCCAGCCCCCAGCCCACGCAGCAACACAAACUGAAGCAGCAGAAGAAGAGAACUGCUAUCCAGACUAAGAUCCCAGCUCUGGCUGUGGAGAUGCCCGGCACGUCGGACGUUGUAGGGUUAAACCUGCAGUUCGGGGCAUUGCAGUUCGGGUCAGAACCAGCCCUGCCAGAGUACGAGUCUGCCCCAGCAACCAGCGCCCCUGCCGGGCAGACGCAGAACAGCCUGUGCACCAGCGCUGCCAGCGAAUCUGCCUCUGUAAUCCCGUCGAACCCGAGCCAGGAGCCUGGGUACCAGUGCAGCGUCCUGCCCCCAGCCUCCACGUACCCUCCCCAGCAGCAGCAAGGCGCCACCCAGGCCACGCUGUAUGAGCAGAGAGCCACACAAACCCGCCGCUACCCCAGCUCCAUCUCCUCCUCCCCGCAGAAAGAGCUUCAUCAGAGCAAGAAUGGGUUCAGCGUGAUGCAGACGACUCAAGCUGUGGAAGUGAAGACAGACUCCCCCCCUGUCUCCAGCAUGUCUUCUCUCCCUGACUCUGUGUCGGCUGCCUCUUCCUCCUCCUCCUCCUCCCUCCUCAUCACAGCCAGCCCGCACUCGAGCACUCUGAGCCACAGUGAGGACCUCCCCAGCACCGCGGCCCCCCCUGCCCAGCAGCACAGCAGCUCUUUAUCCACACAACAGAACAGCGUUUUGUCGUCCUCCUUCUCUGCUAGUGUUUCAUCACCACCUCUGCUGCACGCGAGCGUGGACAGCGAGCCGGUCCAUCAUACCUCGUCCAGCGCCUUCUCCUCCUCCUCUUCCUCCUCUGGAUCCACGGCUGCCGUGUCCAGCUGCGUGUUGGCGGUGCCCCAGCCGGUCAGCGUGACCUCGUCCAGCCUGGGUCCGGUCAGCAGCCUGGGACUGAGCGCCAACUCCGGCCCGGUCCAGGGGUCCGCGCGCAGCUCCCUCGCACCCGUGUCAGGGAAAGCGCCUCCAAAUCUCCCUCCUGGUGUCCCUCCAUUGCUGCCCAGCCCCUACAUCAUGGCCCCGGGAUUGCUCCAUGCUUAUCCAGUAAGUUUCACCUGCGAUCUCUCCUCUGCCCCUGUGGAUCCGAGCCGUCCCGGGAUCCCUUAUUCCAGCAGCGAGACGGACCGGCAUGUUUCCAUCUUCCAGAUCUUCAGAUCCAGCGAUCACACGUACAUUAUUAAACCUGUGAAGGGGCUACACUUGCUUACAGCUUACUGUCAACAUGACCUUCCUGUGUGUCAACGUGUGAUCCGUUGGCACUCGGGAGAGGAAAACAAAACGGACCUCCUCGCCAGAAUCCUGGUUCCUUCAUCUCUCCAGGAUUACUACAGCAUCCCGUUUGCAACGCAGGCCACAGCACUGACUGGGAGAGACGGCAGCCUGACCAGCAACCCUUAUCCUGGUGACCUCACUAAGUUUGGUCGUGGCGAUGCCUCCUCCCCCUCCCCAGCUACCACUCUGGCCCAGCCUCAGCAGAACCAGCCUCCUCAGCACCACGGCGCCCAGCAGACAUUCCUGAACCCUGCGCUGCCUCCGGGUUACAGCUACACCAGCCUGCCCUACUACACUGGGGUGCCCGGGCUCCCCAACGCCUUCCAGUACGGCCCCGCCAUGUUCCCUAUGGCUCCUACCUCUUCGAAGCAGCACGCGGUGAACGUCAACGCCUCGGCCGCGCCGUUCCAGCAGGCCAGUGGCUACGGCUCCCACGCCUAUAACACUGGCUAUGAUGAGUUGAGCCAUGGUCCUGGCGCGGGGGAUUUCUGUAAGGGUGGAUAUAGCGUUGCUGCUGCUGCUGCCGCUGCUGCUUCUGGGCAAAGCAAGUCCGCCUCUGCCACUGCCAUCACCGGACCCACGGCUGGCGUUUCAGUGACAUCGAGCAACACGGGGGUGCCUGAUAUCUCAGGCUCUGUCUACACGAAAACACAGUCGUUCGACAAGCAGGGUUUCCACACCGGCACCCCGGCCGCUGCCUUCAACCUGCCCUCCGCUCUGGGCAGCGGGGGUCCCAUGAACCCUGGCACGGCCGCGGGGUACCCCCCCGCCCCCUUCAUGCACAUCCUGGCUCCUCACCAACAGCAGCAUUCCCAGAUCCUGCAUCAUCACGUGCAGCAGGACGGGCAGAGCGGCAGUGGGCAGCGCAGCCAGGUGAGCUCCAUGCAGCAGAAAUCCCAGCUCAACAAGACUGCUUACAACAUUUACAACUGGGGCUCCAACUGAGGAGAGACGAGAGAGGAAAUCCUCCUUCAGAGUUUAAAAAAGGAACUCGAGAGUCGAGCUCUGCGGUUAUUUUGUUUUUUUUUUUCAUUUGGUUUGUUUUGCCCCCCCCUCCAGACCUUUACUGUUGUCUGUAAUAUAGACUUUGUAUUCUCUUUUUUCUCAGUUCCACACCCCCCCCCCCCCCCCCCCCCCCCCCA